AUGGCAAAGAGGACCGACUCUGAGAUUUUUGAGGAUGCGGUGGAACUUCAACAGUUUUUCAUUAAGAUCAGGGAUGAGCUAUGCAAGAACGGAGAGAUCCUGCUCUCCACUUCUCUGAACUACACCUCAAAGCACCUGCACAGCGACGUGGAGCAGGAAAAGAGGGAGAAGGUCCCCAAAGAGAUGGAGGAAGACAAGCUAAAGGAAGAGGAGGAGGAGGAAAACAAAGAGGGUGAAAAGGCCAAGGACCUGCCAGGAGAGAAGUGGCAGUCGGAGUCUGAGGCGGAGCGCGUGUACAUUCAGAGCUGCAGCUUUGAAAACAGCACCUACCACGUCGGGGACUUCGUCUAUGUGGAGCCGUCUGAGCCCAAACUCAAGCCGCACAUCGUCUGUAUCGAACUAAUGUGGGAGGAUGGAGCAGGUAACAUCAGUUACUAA